AUGCACACACACGCACACACACUCACACGCACGCCGCACUCACCCCGGGCGCCUGGGGAAAUCGCAGACACCGGGGAGGGGCAGGGGGCGUGCGGGAAGGGAGCGGAGGGCGGCGGGCUCGCGGCUCCGCAGCGGCGGCGCGCUGGGCGGGCGGCUGGCGGCGGGCGCGUCGCGAGGGUCCGCGCAGCAGCGUCAGGCGGCGGCGGCGGCCCGCGCGCCCGCAGUCCGGAGCCCCCGGCCCGGCGGUCUUGCCGUCCCCCAUUCCAUCAGUUGCCAUUGCAACGCCAAUCCCGUUACACGACACAGGCUCGCAGCGCCGAGCGGGGAGAGGAGGCAGAGGAGGAGGAGGAAGAGGAGCGGCCCGGGGGACGGGGGUGGGGAGAGGCAAGGGAGGAGGGAAGGAGGAGCAGAGGACCGCCAGGGAGCGGAGUGCGCGUCGGCAGCUCCCGGGCUCCAGCCGCCGCCGCCGCCGUUCUCCAAAGGAGCCUCAGCGCGCUGCCAGCGCGAGGGGCCCGGCCGCCGCGGCGAUCCCGGGGCCGCAGCCGAGGCCAGCAGCGCCGCGUGCCAGACGGGGAGCCGGCCCGGCAGAGCCGGAGUCCGCACGCGUCCCCGCGCGCCCCGCACCGCGCGCGUCCUCCGGCUCCGCGCCGCCCCCGCCAGGUGGAGGGUGGGGGCGCUCGGCCGGCGGGGGUUCGGGGGAGGGCGCCGCAGAAGGGCUUCCCCGCCCGGGCGAACGUGGCGCCGGCCUCCGGAGGCGAACGCGGGCGCGGCGGCCGCUCGGGCCCCGGUGGGCAGCGGCCGAGAGGCUCGACGCCGGCCGGGCUGCGGGGCGUGCGCGGGGGGCGCGGGGAGCGCGGCGGCGGCGAGGAGCAGGAGCAGGAGCAGGAGAAGGAGGGCGCAGCCGGCAGCGGCGGCCGGCGGCCCGGAGGAAGGCUGGGCGGUCACGUUGUGCGCUACGUGCCGAGAGCGCGAGCGGCUCCCGCAGCCGGCGACGUCAAAGCCGCCGGCCGCCGCGCCUCCUCCGCGCCGCCCCGGCCCGGCCGCCGGGCCAGCCCCACGGGUGACAACGCGCCGGGCCCCGCGCGGCCGGGGGUCCGGUCUCUCCCCCGGAGCCCCGCGGCGGCCCCCGCAGCGUUUCUGCGGCCGCUGGCAGCGAGUGCCCGCCGGAGGGCCGGCGCCACCUCCGACCCGGUAUGAGUAUGAUGUUCCAACCUCAGCAGCAUAAGAGAGACCACAUCAUGAAGGGAGUCACGACUUGGCACAAGAGCCACCCAAGGUCAUGGGACAGAAAUGAGAAAAACUGGUAUCUCUGGAGAUGCAGC